GGGAUUUCGCGUGCAUUUGAAAGACGAAAUUUUGCGGGUAAAAACAGGAAUUUCAAUAUCAGAUGUCAUCAGCUGAACCGCCCCAUUUUUCUGGGUGGGGGAAGUCCGCAAUACCGAAGCUAUAUUUACUACUACUUCUACUACUCCCGCUAUAACCUCCGCUACUACCACUACCGCUAA